UUUAAGAGAGUUGAAGUCUUCCCAUCUGAUUGCAUAUUAAAAUAUGCAGCAGAAACUCCUGCUCUGGAACAGAGAGAGAGAGAGACACACACAGGGAGAGAGGGAGAGGACCUUCCUGCAACAAGCAGGUAGCCUGGCAAGCACUGAGCUGAUCUGAGCAGCAAAGGGGAGGAGUGGGAAUGGGAUUGGGUUUGGGAUUGGGAAUGUGAGACAGCCUGGACAGAGGCAAUCCCCUCUCAGGAUGUCCAGGCAGCACAGCAGCACUGCAGCGGAUUUAAAGGGACGAAAUGUUCAGUACAAAGUGAAGGAGCAGAUCAUGUGUGUGGUCCAAGACUUGGAGCUAGUGCUGGGAGAAUUAAAGAGCGUCUCCAGCGAGAUGAGGGAGGUGGUGGGGCAAAUAGACCAUCUGACCUCUGACCUGAACCUGUGCGAGGACAAGAGCGAGAGUUACCGAAGCGACACACUGGACAGCAGCUCCAGUGGAGUGGCCAUGUCCACACUGGAGAAGCACAAAGAUCGGCCGAGGAAAGAGGGAGCAAUCCUGACAGUUCUCCGCAAAUCCAAGCCUCCGCCCCCACCACCCAGGAGAACACCAGUCAGGGUGACUAGUCUACCGAGGUCAUCAUGUGCCAACGAGAGUCACAAAAGCAAUGGGACCCUGGUUCAUGGGACCCAUCCUCCGAGAGAUCACCGUUUGGGCAGUAAAGCAGCUUGCAGUCUGGAUAUCAAUUGUCCAACUUGGUUAACGCAGCCUCAAAUGAAAGACAGAGUACAUAGGCAGCCAAUGGUCAACUCCGGUCACUUUGCCCAGCCUUCCUCAAACUGUGUGCUUCGCCCUGGCUCCACUGUCACUGUUCAGCAGAGGGACACGUGCAUUGGUCAGGCACACUGCCUCACAAACUCACAGGAGCCCCCGUGCCAUCUAAUUCGGCCCCCCAUGCCUGGCGAUACUGGGGAAAGCUCCACUGCCAUCAACACAAAGCCCUGUACAAAAUCACGGCCAACAAAUCCCAGGCCAACGCUGAGAAAGUCCACAUCGACAACGGUUUGA